AUGUUCGGUACUUGGUUCCGCGCUGUUGCCGUCGCGGUGGUCGUGGGGCCAUUGCGGCCAUGUCUCGCGGAGGACGACUGCUUGGAAUGUGAUAUGAAGAUGUUGCAGCUGGAUGCCAAGGUGUCAGACCGCGCCACGAAGAAAUUGCUCUCGAAUUGUGGGCAUUUGACGCAAGAGACCUGCGAUCCUCACGCGAACUAUCCUUGCAGCAACAACUGCCCCGUUCACACACAUGGGCACGACUGUUAUCGGCCCGUGCCGGAGGUGAUGGCAGAACAUCCCGGUGAGGAUGGAUAUUGUUACUUCAACCAGACGGGUUUCUGGGUCGCUCCCAUGCCCGCGGAGCCAGACUUCUUGCAGUCAGCGAUCGGGGGGAUCUUGACCUUACGCGACUUACCUGUGCCAAAAGGCGCCGGUUAUCCCAGCCCGUAUCGUGGCCUCCACACAGGUCCUGUGUUGACCUUCCAUUUCGAGGGGAAGGUCAUCACCACUCAGGCGGAUGCUGCUCACUACUCCUAUGAUGAUUUGUAUGGCUACUCCCUGGGCUACUUGCAGGGUCAAGGCUUGAGUAUUGACUUGGUACGAAACAGCACUGCCUGGAUCGCUGCUUCAAAGCAAAAGUGCGAUGAGAUUCAGCAGACCUACAACUUCCAAAAUCACGAGUUAGUUCUUGCGGAUUGGUUGGAUUACAAUGCAGUCAUCGGUGCAAAGGUUUCAUGUGCGGCAAAACAGCCUGCUGCGGCUGAUUCAGCAGUCUUAGAGAAGGCAAAGUUUAAGAGUGUCGACGAUUGUGAGCCAGUGACCGCCAGAGACUUUGCCAAGCAUCACUACAUCAAGUGCCUCUUGGGAUAUCCAAACUCGGCAUCAGAUGGCGCUUAUCUGAAUGUCCGGGCCUGCUUAUUGGAUGGAGGAACCCGCAUUGGCCACUUUAGUGAUUGUCCAUUUUCACCAGACGUAAGUUUCUGA